GGAGGUGUUACACGGAGUAUAUGGACAUGAUGGUACGAAGAUAAUGAAUUAGUAUUAAUUGAAUUUGAACACAUAUUAUACGAUUAAUCCUCAUAUGAGAAUGACUUCAUCUUCGGGGUGUUAAGUGAAAGGAAUCUAUUAUUGAAAGUGUAGAGUGAAAAGCGAAGUUGUAGAUGAAAGAGUUGGGGAUGGUGAAGAUAGUGGGGCUCUCAUACCCCGACAAAACACUUAACGCGAACUAAACACGCUAUAAAUAUAGUGGGUUACGCGCCUUCCUACAGCGCGUCCCGGUCGCGAUUCCCAGCCACUCAUAAUUGCCAAUUAGUGGUAAUUAAAGCUUACUCCAUACCGUACCUACCAACUUUCAGUGAGAGGGGGAUAAUACAAAGUUACACGCUCAUUAAUUCUAAUCCCCCAAUUCGUCAAUUCAACUCAACUCUGUUUCUUAUCCAUCUCUCUUAACUCUCUCACCUUCUUACCGCAUCAACAUACUUCCUCUAAAAACAAAUCAACUUACACGCCAAUACGGUCUACAAUUUGUACAUUGUAUAAUACCUUCUUAGCUAUCCCUCGAUCAUUUAUCUCCUUGGAACCAAAUAACCCCUAAACCACAUACCAAAUUCAAGAUGGUUCUCAAGCGCAAGCGAUCCGAGUCUGAACUCUCCUUCAGCUCCUCCAGCGCCUUCAGCUCACCUCCACGGCCUGAACUCUUCACACCCAUGGAUAUGGACAGCUCACCCAUCCGUCGGACAUCGAGAAGUUCAACACCAGCACACCUACACAGCCGAACCUUCAAGCGGUUCCGCGACAGUCGUCCCUCCGACGAGGAAAUCCACCAGCGAACCUUGAACAUGUUGUACACGGCCCAAAAACAACAAAUCGCCCACCAACAACACUUCAACCUAGCUAGCCUCGCCAUACAACCCCAGCCCCAACCCGCAACGACGCAUACCCAGGGAGGUCAAGCCUCGCUUCACAACUUUUGGAAACUUCCUAGCACGGCUGCCCCUGCAAGCGCCCCGGUACAGACGCCUAUCACAUACGAGGGACCGGUUAAUUGCGAAGAUUGCGGACAGGGCCUUUGCGAAGGGGCUAGUGAUGAGGAUUCUAUGGAUGUGGAUAGCUUCGGCACAGCGGCUCAGACAAGCUGUGGUGGUUGUGGAAAGCAUGUGUGCUCGCACUGCUCUAUCACCAACCUAGGCGAACAACGGCGGUGCUUGAUAUGUGCUGGAAAGAAGGUCUGGGUUGGCGGUGUUGGGUGGGCUGGCGUUUCGAGUGUGAAGGUAUGCUGAUGGCAAUGCCAGCCAAGGAAGUAAGAAAUGAGAGAAAGGGUAGACAGAUGAGUUCCGAUCAUCAUUGAAGAGGCUACACUGGCCUAGAGUGAAGCUCAAAGAGGCACCCCGUGUUUAAGGAUAAGCAAAUAAGCGCUGGAGUUUAGGGAGCACUUGAUACCGUGCUAUUUGGUCGAACGGGUUACCUAAAAUAAAUAAUUCAGGUGUACCGGGAUUUUUAAUUGCAGAUUUAAUUCUUGUAUAUCUAGGUAUUCAUAUUAGAAAUGCAGUGUAUAUUAUGGACUAUUCCUGUCCAUCCUGUUUACUCUACCUCGAUAAAAAUGCUUGUAACGAUAUACGUCGAGUUCCAAGAGCAAGGGUAAUCGACUCAAUAUCAGAACCGUUAUGAGCUAUUCAUAUCAUAAGUUGAUUGAAUGACCGCUUUAGGUAUUAUCACGUAUACCCUACAAUAAGGAAUACGUUCACUGGCCAUCAAUGAGGCGACUUCAAUGAAUCGGGAUGAGAUA